AUGGGGCAGUACCCUCCUAGACCAUUUGGAGCGGGUGCAAGCAGCAGUCCAUCAUCUCCUGUUGGAUGCAUGCCUUUUCUUGGAGCUGAUGGAGGUAGUUCUCGACAAGAUGAGAGCAGUCCAAUUGGAGUAGACUCUCCAAUUUCACCUCCAUAUCCAACACAUUUUGACCCUGCUAUCAACAAUGAAGAAGGCAAGAACUAUUGGAAGGAAAUAGCUGCAAAGUUCAACAAGUAUGCAACCAAAGAGCAACAAAAAUCAGUUAUGCAAUGCAAGAACCAUUGGACCAAGACAACAAAGAAGGUUACAAAGUUCAACGGUGUGUACAAUGCUGAAAAAACUAUGUGGCCCAGCGGUUGUGAUGAUCAUGGUUUUAUGGAGAAAGUUCAUGCCAAAUACAAGAGUGUUACCAAGACCAAAAGACCCUUCGCAUAUGAGCAUUGGUGGAAAGCUGUGAAGGUAGAGGCUAAAUGGAGAAGGUCGUACUCAGCUGAAGAGAUGAAUAAGACAAACAAGUUGAAUGCUGCAGGAGCCUACAGUUCUCCAAGCCAAAGCACGGAUCAAGAAGGAGUGCUUAAACGACCCGUUGGGCGCAACAAAGCAAAAGCCCAACAUAAAUCAACAAGCAAGUCAACUGACAGCAUCACAAAAAGAAUUGCUGAUGCCGCCCUUGUUCAUGCUGAAGCAAGCAAAGUUCAAGCUGAAGCAACUAAAGUUCAAGUUGAAGCUGACAAAGAAAGAGCUGGAACCGAGAAGGAGAAGAUGAAGGUUGAUAAACUGAGCACAUACCUUCAUCUUCUUCAUAAAGAUACCUCAAGUUAUGAUGAUUUGCAAAAGAGUAGGCAUGAACAAGUUGUGGAUUUCUUAGCUAAGGAGUUGUUCGGUUAA